GGAAAAGGAGCAGCAGAAGAAGAAGUGCUUGGAGAAAAAAAAACAAAAAAGAAAACAUCAGCGACACUUGGCUGUGUGUGAACAAACAAGGUUACACAGUAAUCUGAGGAAGCAGCCAGAUGCACAAUGAUAGCUGUGUGGUUUGUAAAACCCUCUUGAAACCUUGGAAGUGGCUGCUGAUAUGGUGGACCUGAGACUGGCUCCAAGAAGCCCCCAGUCUCCAUUUUUCAUGAGAGUCUGGGGAAACGUUGCCACUGAUUAUGGAUCUAGGACAUCACCUUCCUUGAGUUUCCAGUUUUACAGCCCUUCAGUCAAACAGCUGUAAGGGACAUGGAGAGGGAAGCAGCUGAGAAGGAGAUGGAUGGAGUUACAGACACUGACGAGGAGCUCCCUAAAGGUGAUUCCACCUUAGUGACCAAAUCUAGUCAGUGUGAGGACAGAGAGACUGAUGAUGACUGUGAGCAAGAGAACACAACCGCCAGUCUCAAAUCUCAGGACACCCCAAACCAAGACACCCCACAGGACUUCGGAAUUGAUGAAGUAGAGUAUUGUGGAUCUACAGAGGCCAAAGAGGACACUGAGCAGGCUUCAGAUGGGUUAGAGAAUGACGGCGCUACAGAUCUUGAAAGCUCGCAGGUUCAAGAAGAGGAUGAUAUUGAGAAGGAGCAGCACAUGAAUGGAGAGUCUGGUUGGAGGAGCCUGGGAGGCGGACGGAGAUGCAAACUGAAGAGCAGUGGUUCAUUUUCAGAGCAGAGCAGUCAAAGUGCUUUUGCCUCCUUUCAAAAAAGCAAUGUUAUAUCCAGUGGUGGCCGGCACAAGCAGACCCGCAGACGUAAUCACCACCACCAUCAGCAGAACCGGAGCCGCAGGCGGACAGGCAACCAGCUCAUCUUAGCUUUCAAGGAGAUGCUGUCAGAGUCUCUCAGCUUCUGGUGCAUCUCCUGCGUCCACAUGAUGAUUGAGAUUAUUGUCACAUUAACUCACAAUUGUGGAGUCUGUGUGGAAACUGGAGGAGUGAAACUUUAUAACUUUGGACAGCAGCUUCUUUUAAAGAUCACAGAUAUACACGGGAUGAAGGCAGAUGCUAGUCGGAUUUUGAAAUGGACUAAAUGCACAGGAGUAGAUUUGGUGGAUAAAAUUGUCAGGUCAGGGAAGUGGGUAAAGACAGCGGCCUUAUCUUGUUUCAGACUUUUCUGUGCUUUGGCUAUUCUUGGGUCCCAAUGGGUAAAGGGUGUGGUGGUCCGACUUGGUGGAGAACGGGGAAAACGCUACUGGACAUCUUUUCAGGAGUCAAGGUUUUGGAAGCGGGUUGUUUCCCUGCUGGAGAGAGUUCAGAGACGGUUCAGGAAAGACGCCCACGCACCACCAUCCACACAUGAGUCACCUGGCAGAGCAGGGAGGGGCCAGUCGGGCCAGGAGCUGGAGAGACUGCUGGCCUUAGCUGAGAUACCGGAGAACGAGCUUGACCCCUUUACAGUGCUUGGUGUGGAGGUACACGCCUCUGAGGCUGAGCUGAAGAAGGCCUACAGACAGCUGGCUGUCCAGGUCCAUCCAGACAAAAAUAAACACCCACGAGCUGGAGAGGCGUUCAAAGUAUUGAGGGCUGCCUGGGAUAUUGUCAGUAACCCAGAGACACGACGAGAGUAUGAGUUGAAACGCAUGGCAGCAACCGAGCUCUCCAAGUCCAUGAACGAGUUUCUCACUAAACUGCAGGAUGACCUGAAGGAAGCCAUGAACACCAUGAUGUGCACCAAGUGUGAAGGCAAACACAAGCGGUUCGAGAUGGAUCGUGAAGUGGCUGAGGCCCGGUUCUGUGCUGAAUGCAGUCGUUACCAUAGUGCUGAGGAGGGGGACCUAUGGGCCGAGUCAAGCAUGUUGGGCCUUCGCAUCACAUAUUUUGCCUGUAUGGACGGCAAGGUCUAUGAUAUAACAGAGUGGGCAGGUUGUCAAAGAAUAGUCAUUUCUCCUGACACUCACCGUGUGCCCUAUCACAUCUCCUUUGGUUCAAAGACCAACAGCAAUCCCACACGACACAGGACGACCUCGGAGAACGCCACAGGUCCAACCAAUCCCGCUGACUUGCAGGACUUCUUCAACCGCAUCUUCAAAGGAGGACCUCCUAAUGACAUGGCUGCCAACGGGGGCUUCUUCCCCUCAGGUUCCCCUCAUCAACCACCGCCUGGUGCUGGAGUUCCGCCGUUCUCCCCUCCCCCAGGCCAGACAGGUUUCCACAUGCCGGGGGGUCCACGGCCAGAGCCCAGCGAAACUUGGGCUGAAAGCGGCAAACCCCCCAGGAGGAGGAAGAAGGUCCGGAAACCCUUCCAGAGGUGAAGACUGUUCACUUCUCACGGUAUCAAUAAAGCAACACAGGGACACAAUAAAUAAUGGCCAUGUUUGUCUAUUGCCUGCCUGUUGGCCUGCCAAGAUCUGGACUGAAGGAGAUGAAUGUGGGUAAGGAUCAGCCAGAGGAGAAAGAGACUGGCUCAUGAAGAGGAGUGUGUUUGGACUGAAUACAGUAUUGAAGGACGGCUGAAGAGGUGGCAGUGACGGUGCUUUACCUCUCAUUUUAACCUCUUUUCUGUUGGUCUUUAAGACAACUGUAGCCUUGGCAUUGAAAUCCUUUACAGGAUGCUGUAACAAAACACUUUCAUAAUUUCCUGCCAAAUCCUGCGACGCAUGAUUUACUCACCUGCAUUUUAGCACACUUAUCUUCUUUCAGUUGUGUUAUUCAUGUUUUCAAUACAGUUAGUUAAAUACAUCAACUUUAGACUGCUGGUGAAGGUCGCAGUCAGUUGGACUGAAAAAUGGAUCAGGAAAACUGACAUGAAGAAGAGAAGGAGCAGAGCAACAUCACUGCGUCAGUGUUACUAACGUUAGUGGCAUGUAGAUCCCAGAAUCUUCAUCAAUGAUUCCAACACAUCUUAACUAAAUUUACAAAAACAGCAAUUUGAGAACUCAAUGUGGUUCUCUGGUAGUCGGCACACAGGCAGAAAACACUUUAAGUUUGAAUGGCUCAAUGGAAGUCAAAUCUACUGGGACGACCAGUGUUUCUUUUUUAUUUUCGUAUCAUUAUUAUUAUUUUUAACAGGAAAUUUCCUCUUAAAACUGAUACAUUUUUUUCCUAUGGUAACAUUUGCUGAAAUGAAAAUCUAAUUUUUGGGUCAGGUUCAAUGUUCAAUGUUUUUGAAACAGUCCUGUUACUGCUUUAUGAAGAUCAGAGUCACAGUCACACCCUGUAUCCACUCACCCAGAAGAAGUUGUGUUAGAGCUGAUGCUGAUGUGUGCGUGGAUUUGACCAGAGAAUCACAUCCUUCACGAAGGAACACUCAUAACAUUAGGUUUUUUUUUAGGGUUACAUUUAAACAUUUCAACCGGCCCAGUUAGAUUAAGUGAACAUGAACCUGUGAUGCUGUCAAGAUGUGAAAUCUGGACGUGAUGGAAUGAAAAUAACAAAUUGGCUUUAUUUGUUUUCAGACCCACUGAUUUAAACAUGAUGAAUCUGCCUGAUGUGUAUUUUCUCAGACCCAGAUUAGGAUUAUAAUCACCACACAGUUAAUGGUGUAUAAAACUUAAUUGGUGACACCUUGACAUUUUGAAAUGUUGAUUAUACUGUAUCUACAGUAGUUUAAAAGACCACAGAAUAGAUGUAUACUGCCCCCUGUUGAUCCACUGUGUAGCCUGUUGAAAACACUUCAAUACAUCAAAAUAUACAACAGGUAACAACUACCUGAGUCUUAGAUGUAUGUUCUAAUUUAAAAUCAGACACGCUAAUUACCUAAUAUCGAAGCAAAGUGGCCUUUACGUAAAUUGUCAACAGAGACUUUUGUUCUUGAGCUACACAGUAAAAAUGCAGUAGUAAAAAACAUUUAGAAUCUGCAUUGAUUCAUUAAGUUGUUAAACAUUUCAGGCUUUCUAUAUUUUUUGCAGCAAGUGCAAUUCAAUGACGGAUGACAGAAAAGUCAGUUAAAAAAAACAAUCACUGUAAAUGAAAAACCUGAGACAACAUUUGUUUUCAUGCUGAUAUAUUCUCCGUGGCUCCUGGUAGCUUAUAAUUAAUAUUAACCUCCUGACCUGUAAGUGCUGUGUUGACAUGUUUAAAGACAGAUUUCAAAAUGUCAAGGUCACACUUUUCACUGUAAAUCUAAUCUGAACCAUAACAACUGAUCUCUUCCUAAUAUCCCCAGUGUUACUGUACGCAACAUGGGCACUAAGUAAGGGGUUGUACCUUGUGUUUGGUUUCAAAUGACACUUUAAUCUUCAUCACAGGUAAAUUUAGGAGCUGUUAUUGUUUACACCUGAUAUGUGAAGAUCAUGAGACUUUAGUGAUGUGAGACAUUUGACAAAAGGUAUUUUUGAUAAUUGACAAUUGAUGAGAAAUACCAUGUUCAGUUUUUUUUCUUCUUUUGUGUUAAUUUGCACACCCACCCCUGUAAAAACAUCACAGGGUGUUUUUGAACAGUCAUCAGUGGUCUAACAUACGCAGACUCCUCCAGCUGCAUCUGAGUGGGAGGUGUAGCACGCUGAGAUAUUAUUUGGUAGAAAGUGAAUGAUUAGAAGUUUUCGUUUUGGAAAAGUGCGUUUGAUUUAUACGACCAUGACGCUUCAUUUUCCACUCUGGAGAAGCCCAAGUAUGUGAACUGUUUUAGUUGGUUUGUGUGGUCGCCUCAAAUGAGGAGCCUUUGUUGCAGAUAUUGUCCGAGUUCGUUGAAGGAGGACGCUACGUUUACCACAUGUUUCUUCACGUGUCACUUCUUUUUCCUUUUGUACAUCCGGCCAGCUUCCCGGACUUGGAUUGAUUUACUUUAAACUCAAGUGAUUCUCGUCUCACAGAUUGAGAGUAAAAUAGUCAUGAAUUAAGUCUAUUCUCGUAAAAAUAUUUAAUAGUGUGAAGGCAGAUCAGAGCCAAACCAAGACCAUGAGAGGUAACAAUCUGAUUUUCAAAGAUGUCAGUUGAAUAUUAAAUUAUCAAACAAAAAUCUACAGAAAUGCUUUUAAAAAUUUGUUGCAUUUGUUCCAGAUUCCCCUGCAAUUUUUAAGGGGUUAAGUUCUUAUCCACCUUUUCAGAAAACUGAUUUAAAGAUCACAAUAUACUGUGUUUGUCCAUGUCUCGGAAACUGGACGCUUGCUUCCAGAUGUCCACCUUGACUUGAGAAUGUACAGUGCUGUAUGUUAACGGUAGUUGUUCAAAGUCCAAGAAUUCAAAGGAAGAGCCCUUCAGAUUUUUUUUUCUUUUCAAGUUUUCAAACAGAAUAUGCAGAGGUAUUGCAAAAAAAUAUCUGACAAUCAUCAGGGUUUUUUAGUAGGGAAUAAUCUGGAGUUCCCUGGAGUUCCCUGGCUGGCAAACAGUUUUAAAAAUAUCGCUGUUGGGUUUCGUUCCCCCGCUUUCUCUGGUUUUCAAAAUAAAGAUGAUUUCCUAUAUGCA